UGAGGCCCAACAAUCAGGCCCAAAAUCGUAGAAGCAUGCGUAGUGUUGGGAAAACCCAGAAUUGCAAUAGAAAAUAGGGGAAUUGAAGGAAGCAUUGGUCCGACAAAUCUGUCACAGGAAACCAAAUCGAAACGAUGAUUAGCAUUCUCGCCCAGGAACGGUUAUUGGGAGCUUCCCUGGGUGUGAUAUUGACGAGUGUGGUUGUUUUUGAGCAACGCAGAUACAUCUUCGCUUCUAUUUCCGAUUCCACAUCUCACCCUAAGGUUAGAGAACCCAUAUUUGGGAAGAAAUCACGUUCUGAAUUUGCACAUUCAUGGAACAGAACUGUGGAUCAGACAUUUGGACCUUUGAUAAAGUCUCUCAGCUCUCGUGGAUGGUAGAGAUGUUGUGAAUUAUUUAUUUAUUUUUAAUACUAUCUUUUGUGAUUGUGAUAUCAGAACACACAUUAAUUUACUUUCGCAUGGUAUAUUUGUUUGUCAAACUAGCAGUGCUGACAAAUGUAAUGUUUUCUACAACUCACAUAAGUUCCUUUAGUAUAUGCAUCAAAAUACCUGAUUUUUCUUCUUUAAAA